GAUCGAUCCGCGGGGGGAGGGGAGCUUUGACGUGCGGCGGCAGAGGCCCGCGCUUGUGUCAGGGUCCAGCGUCCGUCGCGAGCGCGCGGGUAACGCCUGCUUCGGUGCAGGUCCGACGGCGACAGCCUCGGGUUAGACAGCGGCCGAGACGCGUUGUGCUCUCCCGUUUGGUGCAGUGUUGGGCAGAACAUUGACUUUGAACAUGGUCGAGUCUCGCACGCGGGUGACAAGUACGUAGCUCAGUCAUCUCUUGGACCUUACCUCCAGUGACAGCGGAGACAGGGAGAGCCGCCGGCCUUCGUCGUUAGUGCGCGCAGUUGCUACUAGCUCAGGUGCCGCAACUCUAUAUGUACGCGUCCACGCCAGGCCCCCGACAACCACCCCGCGGUCCCUAUCCCCUGACCAGCAGACGACGAAAUUCAUCAUGGGCUCCGUGGUCAAACCCGUCAUCAUCAGCGGCGCCGGCGUCGUUGGCCUCACGCUCGCACACGCGUUGAAGAAGGCGGGCAUACCGUUUGAGAUCUACGAGCGAGACGAGCACAUUGACGCGCGACCGCAUGGCUGGGCCAUCACGCUCCACUGGGCCCUGCCCUUUCUGCGCAAGAUGCUCGACGACAGGACACUCGUGGCCGUCGACGACGUCCAGGUCGACCCCGAGGUCGGCCGGAACGACAAUGGCAAUUUCCUCUUCCUGAACCUCGAGACCCUCGAGACCAAGUUCCGCAUACCGCCCAACGAGCGCCGUCGCGUGAAUCGCGAGCGCCUACGCAAGGCCCUGCUGCAGGGCGUCGCCGAGCACGUCCGCUGGGGCAAGCGUCUGACUGACGUCGAGCUGCUCGAUGGCGAUGGCGGUGACGUCCGGGCCGUCUUUGCCGACGGCACCACUGCUGACGGCAGCUUGCUGGUGGGCGCUGAGGGUUCCAACUCGCAGACGCGCCGUUUUCUUGCCCCAGACACGUUCCGCAACUACCAGCUGCCGGUGCGGCUUAUCGGCGCUGCCAUUGACCUGCGACCCGACGAGGCGCAGCCGCUACGAGACAUCGACCCGCUGCUCUUCCAGGGUUGUCACCCCGUCACGGGCAACUACCUGUGGAUAUCGAUGCUCGAGACGCCCGACACCAACGGGUCGGCCGGCACGCCCGAGGCGCACUACCGGAUCCAGGUCAUCGUCUCGUGGCCCGUGCGAGACCCGGAGGCCGACGAGGUGCCCGAGGCGGACGCCGCGCGCGUGGCCGAGAUGCAGCGCCGCGCCGCCGACUUUCACCCGCUGCUGCGCAGGGUCGUCGACGCCAUCCCGCCCUCGGCCUCCGUCAUGGAAAUUGCGCUGCAGGACUGGCCGUGCCAGCACUGGGACUGCCGUGGCGGGCGGGUGACUAUUAUCGGCGACGCCGCCCACGCCAUGACCAUGUACCGCGGUGAGGCCGCAAACCACGGAAUCCUGGACGCCUACAUCCUCUCCCGCCGUAUCGAGGAGGUGUACGCGGGCGACAAGGGGCGGGAGGAGGCCAUCGUGGAGUACGAGGAGGAGAUGCGGGAGCGCGCGGCGCCUGCAGUGUUGCUGAGCCGGCAGGCGUGUCUCGACGCGCACGACUAUCACGGGCUGAACGAGAAUUCAGCGGUGCUCAAGAGGCGGGCUAUCACGACCAAGUGAUUCGAGGGGCACGUCGUAAUGACUAGAGUGAUUAGCGAAUGAGUAUGAUUGAUGAGCCGG